AUGACUCGGAGAUUGCAUUCACGUUUGCUAAAGAAACCCGAACCCGUUCCUGAGAACUCCACCGACCAUAAAUGGAAAUGGUUCAAGAAUUGUUUAGGAGCUUUAGACGGAACAUACAUACAAUGUUUAGUACCAAUUGGGGAGAGGCCUAGGUAUAGAACAAGAAAGGGAGAUAUCGCCACAAAUGUGUUAGGCGUGUGUUCACAAGAUAUGCAAUUCAUAUUUGUCUUACCGGGUUGGGAAGGGUCUGCAGCUGAUGGUAGAGUCUUACGGGAUGCUCUUGAUUGUCCUAAUGGAUUAAGAGUUGCUAGACCCGGUUACUAUUUGGUAGAUGCUGGAUAUACAAAUGGAGAGAGUUUUUUAGCCCCUUAUAGAGGACAAAGAUAUCAUUUAAAUGAUUGGAGUGAUGGACACCAACCGACUACACCAAAAGAAUUCUAUAACAUGAGACAUUCAUCCGCAAGAAAUGUAAUAGAAAGAUGUUUCGGGCUUUUGAAAGGAAGGUGGAAAAUUUUAAAGGACAACUCAUUUUAUCCUAUCGAUACGAAGAUUAGGAUCAUAAUGGCAUGUUGUCUCCUCCAUAAUUUUAUAAGACAAGAAUUAGAAGAUGACCCGCAAGAAAUGGAAGAUGUUGUAGAUGAGGGAACCGGAGAUGGAGCUGGAAAUGGAGAUGGAUAUGGAGAAGAGGAUAAUAUAAGUUCCGUUGGAACUUCAAACGAGUGGACUACAUUUAGAAAUAACUUGGCAAAUACUAUGUUUGAGUCUUGGAAUAUUAGUCGUAUUUGA